AACCAUUAUUUCUCGCAUGCUCUGAAAAAGAUAUACCAUUAUCUCAAACUUCAAGCAAUUAUAGUGAAAAGGCUGGGAGAUCUCCUUCUUCUGCGAAGCAGGACACUUUAAAAAAGAUUUAUAGACUAACAGGUGCUGUAGGCGAAAAACAAUCUAUUGGAAGCUUUUCUGAUAUACCUGUUACUAUAGGUAUUGAAAAUGAUACCUUAACAAUUUCAGAUGAGUUUUCAGUUUUACCAACAGAAAAAGAUAAUAAUGGUAAUGAUAUAUCAUUAUUUAUUCUUGGUACUAGAUGGCAACAUCGAGCUGGCUGGGAACCUAUAGUAAAGGGUGAGUUUACAGCAUCAGCUAAUGGAAAGACUAUUACUAUUCCACUUUCUGUUUAUAAUAAAAAUGAGGAAGCAAAGCUUCGAAUUUCCAAUUCACUCAAAAAAAAAUAA